UGCGCGAGCUCCGCUCACCCGAGCCGCUGCCUUCCCGGCAGCCCGGCCAAGUUCGCCGGGAGAGGAGGGCAGAGGAAGGCGGCGCGAUGCCAGCUCUGGCGGCUCCCUGACCUUCUGGCCAGAGCGCUGCCGGAGCCGCUUCUCCGUGCCGCGGCGUUUCCUACCUGCCAAACGAAGGAGGCGCUUCAGUUUCCCUCUCGCUUCCUCUACUUCUCCUUGAAGCUUUUUCGCGGGUGGCUUCCGGCGCUUGGCUUUAUUUAUUGAUUUAUUUAUUGGCGUCUUGUUUCCAGCACCCCCUCCCGAAGCCUACUCGGGUGCAGGUGACACACCCUCCUCGCUCCUCCCCUUCAUUCACCCCGCUUCUUAGCGCCGGCGGCUCGCGAGCGGUUCGAGCAGGUUCUCCCUUUCCUCAGCCGGCCGAAGGCAAAUGUCGGGGAAUUUUCUGGCCGAGGGAGAGGGGAGAAGCCGUCCUUCUCUUUGCUGCACAACUCUCUCCUCCUGAGCAGAUCGAGCUCGGGAAAGGAGGCGGGCAGGCAGGCCGGGAGGGGGAGAGAGCGCUUCGGGAAUCGGGGGGACGAGCGGGCGAGGGCGCCGAGGAAACACAAAUAAGGGUCGCCCGCAGACUGAGCAGAGCUGUCCAAAGAUGUCAUCUCAAGCAAAGUUCAAGAAAGACAAAGAGAUUAUAGCGGAAUAUGAAACUCAAGUGAAAGAAAUUCGUACCCAGUUGGUGGAGCAGUUCAAAUGCCUAGAACAACAGUCUGAAUCCCGAUUACAACUUUUGCAAGACCUUCAGGAGUUUUUCCGCAGAAAGGCUGAGAUUGAACUGGAAUAUUCCAGGAAUCUGGAAAAAUUAGCGGAAAGAUUUUCCUCCAAGAUUCGUAGCUCCCGAGAACACCAUCAAUUCAAGAAGGAUCAGCACCUUCUUUCUCCUGUGAACUGCUGGUAUCUGGUAUUGACACAGACCCGAAGAGAGAGCAGAGACCAUGCCACUCUGAAUGAUAUCUUCAUGAAUAAUGUCAUUGUCAGGCUUUCCCAGAUAAGUGAGGAUGUUAUUCGGCUGUUUAAAAAGAGUAAGGAAAUUGGUCUUCAGAUGCAUGAAGAACUCUUGAAGGUUACAAAUGAACUCUACACUGUGAUGAAGACUUACCACAUGUAUCACGCUGAGAGCAUCAGUGCUGAAAGCAAACUGAAGGAAGCUGAGAAGCAAGAAGAGAAGCAGUUCAACAAAGCAGGGGACAUCAGUGUGUUGCGGCAUGAAGAUAGGCCUCAGCGCCGCAGCUCUGUUAAGAAGAUUGAGAAGAUGAAGGAAAAGAGGCAAGCAAAAUAUUCUGAAAACAAGCUCAAGUGCACUAAAGCUAGGAAUGAUUACCUGCUGAACCUGGCAGCCACAAAUGCAGCAGUCAGUAAAUACUACAUCCAUGAUGUUUCCGACCUGAUUGACUGCUGUGACCUGGGAUUCCAUGCUAGUCUAGCACGGACGUUCAGAACAUAUCUUUCUGCUGAAUACAAUCUAGAAACCUCACGCCAUGAGGGAUUAGACAUAAUUGAAAAUGCUGUAGACAACCUGGAUGCACGAAGUGACAAACAUACAGUAAUGGACAUGUGCAACCAGGUCUUCUGUCCUCCUCUGAAGUUUGACUACCAGCCUCACAUGGGGGAUGAGGUAUGUCAAGUGAGCGCCCAGCAGCCAGUUCAGACGGAGUUGCUCAUGCGAUAUCAUCAGCUACAGUCUAGACUUGCCACACUCAAAAUAGAGAAUGAAGAGGUGCGAAAAACAUUGGAUGCCACUAUGCAGACAUUGCAAGACAUGCUGACUGUGGAAGAUUUUGAUGUCUCGGAUGCCUUCCAGCACAGUCGCUCAACUGAGUCCAUCAAAUCAGCUGCUUCAGAGACUUACAUGAGUAAAAUAAACAUUGCCAAGAGAAGAGCCAACCAACAAGAAACUGAAAUGUUCUACUUUACUAAAUUUAAAGAGUAUUUGAAUGGCAGUAACCUUAUUACUAAGCUGCAGGCUAAGCAUGACUUACUGAAGCAGACUCUGGGAGAAGGUGAAAGAGCUGAAUGUGGAACAACUAGGCCCCCCUGUCUUCCCCCUAAACCACAGAAAAUGAGGAGACCUAGGCCUCUCUCAGUCUAUAAUCAUAAACUCUUUAACGGCAAUAUGGAAACGUUCAUUAAGGAUUCUGGACAGGCAAUUCCACUUGUGGUUGAAAGCUGCAUCCGCUAUAUUAAUUUAUAUGGUUUACAACAACAGGGUAUUUUUAGAGUUCCUGGAUCUCAGGUUGAAGUCAAUGAUAUCAAGAACUCAUUUGAGAGAGGUGAAGAUCCCCUUGCUGAUGAUCAAAAUGAGCGUGAUAUUAAUUCUGUUGCUGGGGUCUUAAAGUUGUAUUUCCGGGGACUAGAAAAUCCGCUCUUUCCUAAGGAAAGGUUUCAGGAUUUGAUAUCUACUAUAAAAAUUGAAAACCCUGCAGAAAGAGUGCACCAGAUCCAGCAAAUCAUUAUUACCUUGCCACGAGCUGUCAUCAUUGUCAUGAGAUACCUCUUUGCUUUCCUUAACCACUUGUCGCAAUACAGUGAUGAGAACAUGAUGGAUCCCUACAAUCUAGCCAUCUGCUUCGGACCAACUUUGAUGCAUAUUCCAGAUGGGCAGGAUCCAGUGUCCUGCCAGGCUCAUGUCAAUGAGGUCAUCAAAACCAUCAUAAUCAAUCAUGAGGCCAUCUUCCCUACCCUCAGGGAACUGGAAGGACCUGUUUAUGAAAAAUGCAUGACUGGUGGGGAAGAGUACUGUGACAGCCCUCACAGUGAGCCAGGCACUAUUGAUGAAGGAGACCAUGACAAUGGCACAGAGCCACACACCAGUGAUGAUGAAGUGGAACAGAUUGAAGCUAUUGCAAAGUUUGACUAUAUUGGACGGUCCCCACGUGAGUUAUCCUUCAAGAAAGGAGCUUCACUUCUCCUGUACCAUCGGGCAUCUGAAGACUGGUGGGAAGGGCGCCAUAACGGUGUAGAUGGCCUCAUACCACAUCAAUAUAUUGUGGUACAAGAUAUGGAUGAUGCCUUUUCUGACAGCCUUAGUCAGAAGGCAGACAGUGAAGCAAGCAGUGGACCCCUGCUGGAUGAUAAAGCCUCAUCGAAGAAUGACAUCCAGUCUCCAACAGAUCAUAUUCCAGACUAUGGAUUUGGAGGAGUAAUGGGACGGGUGAGGUUAAGAUCUGAUGGAGCAGCAAUCCCUCGCCGUCGAAGUGGGGGUGACACGCAUAGCCCCCCAAGAGGUUUUGGUCCAGGAAUAGAUACUCCUCCUCGAGCAGCAGCUUGUCCUAGCAGUCCUCACAUGCUGCCAUUGAACAGAGGCAGGAUCGAAAGCCCAGAAAAACGCAGGAUGGCAACAUUUGGAAGUGCUGGCAGCAUCAAUUAUCCAGAUAGAAAGACAUUGAGUGAUGGCCAUCCACUGAGGUCUACCUGUAGCUCAACUCGGCAUAGUAGUCUUGGGGAUCAGAAGUCACUAGAAGCUGAAGCACUGGCAGAGGACAUUGAAAAGACCAUGAGCACAGCACUGAAUGAGCUGCGUGAGCUCGAAAGGCAAAAUAUUGUGAAACAAGCCCCUGAUGUUGUCCUGGACACUCUUGAGCCAAUGAAGAACCCACAAAUUGGUUCUGUCAAUUCUGAACCUGCCAGUCCCCUUCAUACCAUCAUGAUCAGAGACCCUGAUGCAGCUAUGAGGAGGAGCAGCAGUUCAACCACUGAAAUGAUGACUACAUUUAAACCUGCUCUCUCAGCCCGGCUUGCAGGAGCUCAGCUGAGGCCCCCACCUAUGCGUCCCAUCAGGCCUGUUGUCCAACAUCGAUCAAGUAGCAGUAGCAGCUCAGGAAUGGGUAGUCCUGCAGUGACACCCACAGAGAAGCUCUUUCCUAACAGUUCUUCAGAUAAAUCUGGCACAAUGUAGCUAUUACCCUCACAAAGGAGCAUUCUUGGGGAAAAUGAUGGAUCAUUCUGAUCUUCAUUUCUUUUGAGAAGGAAGCUAUGAUUGUACAAAUGAUGUCAUUAGAAGAAAGGACAAGGGAAAAGUGACUCUUGUAAAAAAGCUGAUACUUUGGAUUGUAGAAGUGGUUUAAGGAUUUCGUGACAUUUACACAUAUAACAAGAUUGCUGAAAAUAUUUGGUACUACCUAUGGUCAUUUUAUGUAAUUACCACUGGAAUAUUCAAGUCUGUCUAGAAGUACAGUAUAUAUGAAACUUUAUGUAGCCCAGUAACAAUUUAAUAGACUUACCUCACCCUUAGACAUCUGCUAGAAUGUGUUUUUGCCUGUGUGUGUGAAUUACACAGCAACUAUACAUCAAGCAAUAGACUAUUGAUCAGUUCAUGAACUGAAUUUUCAUAUCAGUGCAAUCUGGCUUUAGAGUUACAAAUGAAAAGAAACACUAGUUGUCCUGGAAAUACUGAAUUCAUCUGAUGAUGAUCAGUUCUGUUCUCCUAGAUGGGUGGAGUUCUGUCUUCAAAUUCAUCUCUUCAGGACUGCUUCAUUGAAAUAUGGAAACUUGUGGUCAUUUUCUGGUUGGAAGAGUAUGCCAGAUGUGGAUGCAAAGAGUAGAAAGUGGUACAAUUUCCCCUUAUUCAAAUGGGAAAUCUAGAAUGUUUUGUAUGUAUGUCAUGUUGUAGCACAGUGUUACAUGUGUACAAAAGAAACUCAACUCCCACUGUUUUCAAAACAGAAGAGGACUUUGAAGUAACCUGUGGUGGAUAACAAUAAAUAAAUAGGCUACCUUAAAUAGUGGUUGAAAUAUUUUAUUCUCUCAUCUCCCUUUUUGCUAAUGAUUCCUCUGGAGAAAAAAAACCUGUUUUAAUCUGGAUUAAAACAGGCAAGGAGGGUUUUAGUAAAAACAUAUUUCUUUAAAGUUAUUUAGCAGUAUAUAAGGGGGUUCCUGGGCCAUAUCCUCUUGCAUGAACAGCAUGAUCCAUACUUGACUGAAUUGGGCAUAUAUCUGAAUCGAUGAGAUGACAAUUUGCACUUUCUCUACUGUACUAUAUAACAAUAUACAGUGCUUUGGGGCUUACAGAAAUAAAAUUUAUCUCUAUAGUUUAAUAUAGGCAAAAAACAACAACCAAGAGCUCUGGCAUUUGCAUGCUUGCCUUUUUUCUUUUUACUGAACUCAAGGCUCUACUUGCUGCUUUUUAAAAUCAGCAUUUGUGGUCAGAUGUUUCUAAUACCAGCCCUUCAAAUAGGGUAGAUUUUUUGUUUACUUUGAAUUCUACUACAGUUAUAUUUUAACAUUGAUAAAUCUUACUGAAACUGCACACUUGUUAAAUCUGCAUGUUCCACAGCUUACCUCUUGAAUUUAUUUUGCAAUGGCCAUCUCUUAAAAAGAAACCAAAUGUUUUCCAUUCCUCAUUAGAGGUCAGUUUUAGUGACUUCUGGGUAAUUGGUGACCUUGAAUUUGGCUUGCUGUUCUCUUAACUCAUGGCACACUUUCAGCCAAAACUUAAUUUAUAAGCAGUCUAUUUUGCUAAAGGAGGAAGAUAUCUGUCAUAUUUAUCCUCUGAUUCCUAAUCCCAUCUAUCUUCAGAAGUUGCAUAGAAGAGGGACAUAUUUUGUGAGAUGUUUUCCUCUAUGUAUGAAGUGAACAUACAUGACAUAAUGAUUCUCAUUUUCUAUAUCUCAUCUGUGAACAUGCUUCAUUUCAUGAAUCUGCCCCUUGCCUGUUCUAGCCUGUUUAUAUAUUGCUGUUCUUGCUUCCAGUAUGAAAAAUAUCUGCUGAACUGUAAUGUUUCUUCUUCAUGCUGAAUUUUAAUUGAGACCCUGUGACUUCAAAUCCUUGCACUUAAUAGAUAAUUCAGUAUAUUAGAAAUGCAUCAGUAAAAAUGAGAACAACCUUCCCCAAUCCUGAAGGAAUUUUGACCUUCUCAUAUAUAGUGUGAAAGGAAUGUAUGUAGUUAUUCUAAUAUUGUUCCUCAAUAUUAUAUUAUAAUGAUAAAUGGUGUUUAGCUAUAUGUCUGCUAAUGUAGUAGGCAUUUGUAAUGCCAUAAUUAGUUAACAGUGGUAGUUUUUCAUUUAUGAAAUUCUUUUAAUCCCCCUUCCAAGUUACCCUACAUGUCCCCAAGCCUUCCCUAGCAGAUGAAUAGCCCCUAGUUCAUUAUGACAGCAAAUGUUCCAUUUGUGGUAGUAAUGAACCAACAAAUGUAGUUUUUGCAUGGGUUGGAUAUUGCAAAGUGGGGGGUGGGGAGAGAGAGCCAUUUGGCAAACUGUUCUGUCUUCAUUGCCAGUAGUAUUUUUUUCUUACUUUGCUUUAUGGAGAAGAGAUGCUUUGAUUAUGUUGGUGUGUGUUACACAUAUUUUUGAAAAUGACUUGAGAGCAGAAGAAUUAUCUGAAGGUUUACUUUUCUCAAAGAUAUGAGACAUUCUACCUUUUAUUAAAUUAUUUUUGUUUCUAUUUUUUCAUUGGUUGUUAAUGGUUUUUUGUUUGUUUUUAACUCUUUAAGUGCCUUUUGAGCACCAGAACAAUUCUUUGGAUUAAAUGUGCUUGGGGAGAUGGA